AUGGCCCAAAGAAAAGCUUUGGAGAAUCACACCAUUGAACUUGGAUUCACUCUUCAGGGAUUUACUGACCCCUCCAGCCUGCAGGGCCUGUGCUUCACGGUCUUCCUGGUCAUCUACCUGGUGGUGCUCGCAGGAAACAGCCUGAUGGUGCUCAUCACAGUGAUGGACUCAAGCCUCCACAGCCCCAUGUACUUCUUCCUGAUGAACUUGUCCUUCCUGGAGAUCUGCUACACGUCAGUCACUCUGCCAAAAAUGCUGGUGAUUUCCCUGAUGGAAGAUGGCAGGAUCUCCUUCCUUGGUUGUGCUGCCCAGCUUUAUUUCCUGACUUCACUGGGCAGCACUGAAAGCCUUCUCCUGGCUGCCAUGGCCUAUGACCGCUAUGCAGCCAUCUGUGACCCCCUGCACUACACCCUCACCAUGAGCAGGGGUCUCUGCAUCAGCCUGGUUGUGGGGUCAUGGAUGGUUGUUGUACCAGUGCAAGUAGGACAGACCUACCAGCUGUUCACUUUGCCCUUCUGCGCAUCUCACCACCUUCAUCACUUCUUCUGUGACGUGCCCCCUCUGCUGGAUCUGGCCUGUGCAGACACCUCCUGGAACCAAGCGACUCUCUACACCAUCAUCUUGGUAUUUGCGAUUCUUCCCUUUUCCUUCAUAGUUAUUUCUUACAUUAAGAUUAUCAGGGCAGUUCUGAAAACACCUUCAGUCCUGGGCAGACACAAAGCAUUUUCCACCUGCUCUUCACACCUCGGGGUGGUGACACUCUUCUACAGCUCAGCCACAAUCACCUACUUAACGCGACGGUCAAGGGACUCUGCAGAGACUGACAAACACCUUGCCCUGCUUUACACAAUUGUGACCCCCAUGUUGAACCCUGUCAUCUACAGCCUGAGGAAUAAGGAAGUGAGAAUUGCCUUGAAGAGACUCCUGUGGACAAAGUGA